GUUUCAUUCUUUAAUUACACUGCAAAUAAACUUCACCCGAUUUGCAACCUAUUUUGUAAACUCUAUGAGAAUAUGGAUAUUUUAGAGACUGAUUCAAGAUAUAAGAAAACCUCCUUGGCAACUGUAAGAAGUAUUAUACCAAAGUUACUACCUUUCCUGGCGACAUGCAGUAUUUACUUUGGGCUCUGGCUUCCACUUUCUGAGCCAAGCUGGUAUAGUGCGUUCAUUAAAAGCCUGCCCAUUCUAAGCCUGGUUUUCUUUGUUGUAAUCCACUCAGCAGGUCAAGGAAGGUUAAAUUCAUAUAGAAAAAAGAUCCUUUUGGGUCUGAUAUUCUCUGCAGCUGGUGAUAUAUCCUUAAUUUGGGAAGAUUCUUUUCUUCUUGGGAUGAUAAUGUUUGGACUGGCACAUCUUAUGUACACAAUCGCCUUUGGUCUACGUCCUCUAAAUAUCCGUGUCUUUAUUGUCCUUGCACUCUUUUGCGCAACUUUUUACACUGUUACUUUACCUUAUUUAAAUGGACCUUUUGUAUAUAUGGUAGGCGGAUACAGCGCACUUAUUGGUAUCAUGGCUUGGAGAGCACUAGCAAGAGUACGCAUGACACACUACGUCUUCUCAUGGGCAUAUUUUUCUGCUGGUUUGGGUUCCAUCUUUUUUAUGGUAUCUGACUGUGUCCUAGCUGUUGACAAAUUCUGCUUCCCUAUUACAAAUUCUCGUGCAAUUAUAAUGGGGACAUAUUAUGGUGCACAGAUGCUGAUCACACUGUCUGUUGCUGGGAGUUCUGAAGAUGAAUUUCGAUGGAAGAUGCAAUAA